CUGCAGGACGCAGGGAAGCCAACUAGCGAGUGGCGAAGGUGGCUGUGGCGGCGGCGGCGGCGGCGGCGGCGGUGGUAGUUUGCGGCGAGGGCGAGGGCGACGGCUUGGAGGCCGAGUGGCAGUCUGGAGGAAUCCUUCGUGUCGUCGCCCGCAUGAGCCCCUUGGAGUGAGUGUAUCGGGGAGAGCUGGUUACACAUUGUAGGAAUUUCAAAGAUGAAGAAACUGAGACAUAGAGCAGUAAAGUAGCCGAAGAUUGCACAGCUAGUGAAUGGCAAAGUUGAGACUUGAGCCCAGUGAUCAGCCUUUGUUCCUUUUCCACAUUUGAAGAUGGUGAAGCUGGAUAUUCAUACUCUGGCUCAUCACCUGAAGCAGGAACGCUUGUACGUAAACUCUGAGAAGCAGCUCAUUCAGAGGCUCAAUGCAGAUGUACUCAAGACAGCUGAGAAGUUGUAUCGUACAGCAUGGAUUGCAAAGCAGCAGAGAAUAAAUUUGGAUCGGCUUAUCAUAACCAGUGCUGAAGCUUCCCCUGCUGAAUGUUGCCAACAUGCCAAGGUUUUGGAAGAUACACAGUUUGUUGAUGGAUAUAAGCAGUUGGGAUUUCAGGAGACUGCUUAUGGAGAAUUCUUGAGUCGAUUAAGGGAAAAUCCUCGUCUUAUUGCCUCUUCUUUGGUUGCUGGAGAGAAACUUAAUCAGGAGAACACACAAAGUGUUAUUUAUACAGUUUUUACCUCCCUGUAUGGCAACUGCAUUAUGCAAGAAGAUGAAAGCUACCUCCUUCAGGUUUUGCGAUACUUGAUUGAAUUUGAACUUAAAGAAAGUGACAACCCCAGGCGACUUUUGAGGAGAGGAACUUGUGCCUUCAGUAUCUUAUUUAAACUUUUUUCUGAAGGACUGUUUUCUGCCAAACUUUUCCUCACAGCUACUUUACAUGAGCCAAUCAUGCAACUGCUUGUUGAAGAUGAAGAUCACUUGGAAACAGAUCCAAACAAGCUAAUUGAGAGAUUUUCCCCAUCUCAACAGGAAAAACUCUUUGGGGAGAAAGGCUCAGAUAGAUUUAAGCAAAAGGUUCAAGAGAUGGUAGAGUCCAAUGAAGCCAAACUAGUGGCUUUGGUGAACAAAUUUAUUGGUUAUCUCAAGCAGAACACAUAUUGCUUUCCACAUAGUUUGAGGUGGAUCGUGUCACAGAUGUACAAAACCCUGUCCUGUGUAGAUAGACUGGAAGUUGGGGAGGUCAGGGCAAUGUGUACUGAUCUCCUGUUGGCCUGCUUCAUUUGUCCCGCAGUGGUCAAUCCAGAGCAGUAUGGAAUAAUUUCUGAUGCUCCUAUUAAUGAAGUGGCACGAUUUAAUCUGAUGCAGGUUGGCCGCCUUUUGCAGCAGUUAGCAAUGACUGGAUCUGAAGAGGGAGACCCUCGAACAAAGAGCAGCCUUGGAAAAUUUGACAAAAGCUGUGUUGCUGCUUUCCUUGAUGUUGUGAUUGGGGGCCGGGCAGUGGAGACCCCUCCAAUGUCGUCUGUUAAUCUCCUGGAAGGGUUGAGCAGAACUGUGGUUUAUAUAACCUACAGUCAGCUUAUUACUCUGGUGAAUUUUAUGAAGAGUGUGAUGUCUGGAGAUCAACUGAGAGAAGAUAGAAUGGCUCUUGACAAUUUAUUGGCAAAUCUACCCCAGGCCAAGCCAGGAAAAAGCAGCAGUUUAGAAAUGACUCCCUACAAUACUCCUCAGCUAUCUCCAGCAACCACUCCAGCAAAUAAAAAGAACCGAUUACCUAUAGCAUCUCGGAGCAGAAGCCGCACCAAUAUGCUAAUGGACCUACAUAUGGACCAUGAAGGAUCAUCUCAGGAAACCAUCCCGGAGGUGCAACCAGAAGAGGUGCUGGUCAUUUCCUUAGGGACAGGUCCCCAGCUUACUCCAGGGAUGAUGUCAGAAAAUGAGGUCCUAAACAUGCAGCUCUCGGAUGGAGGACAAGGAGAUGUCCCUGUUGAUGAAAACAAACUCCACGGUAAACCUGAUAAAACCUUGCGCUUUUCCCUCUGCAGUGAUAAUCUGGAAGGAAUAUCUGAAGGCAUGAAAAAUUGCAUGGUGGUUCAUAACUGUUUUAAAAGGAUUGCUGACAAGAUGAACAUUUCUCUAGGUCCUUCAAAUCGCUCCAAUUCAGUGUCCUCUCUAGACUUGGAAGGGGAGUCUGUGUCAGAACUUGGAGCAGGACCUUCUGGGAGUAAUGGAGUUGAAGCUCUACAGCUCUUAGAACAUGAGCAAGCUACAACACAAGAUAAUCUUGAUGAUAAGCUAAGAAAGUUUGAAAUUCGUGACAUGAUGGGACUAACAGAUGAUAGGGACAUAUCGGAAACAGUGAGUGAGACUUGGAGUACAGAUGUCUUGGGAAGUGACUUUGACCCUAACAUUGAUGAAGAUCGCUUGCAAGAAAUUGCAGGUGCAGCAGCAGAGAACAUGUUAGGCAGUUUGCUGUGCCUCCCAGGUUCGGGAUCAGUGCUUCUUGAGCCCUGUACUGGUUCUACAAUAUCGGAGACAACAAGCGAAGCUUGGAGUGUAGAGGUGUUGCCAAGUGACUCAGAGGCCCCAGACCUAAAGCAGGAGGAGCGCCUACAAGAGUUGGAGAGCUGUUCUGGACUGGGUAGCACAUCUGAUGAUACAGAUGUCAGGGAGGUCAGUUCCCGCCCCAGCACACCAGGCCUCAGUGUUGUGUCGGGCAUAAGUGCAACCUCUGAGGAUAUUCCCAAUAAGAUCGAAGACCUGAGAUCUGAGUGCAGCUCUGAUUUUGGGGGUAAAGAUUCUGUUACUAGUCCAGACAUGGAUGAAAUAACUCAUGGCGCCCACCAGCUGACCUCUCCUCCUUCUCAGUCAGAGUCUCUGCUGGCCAUGUUUGAUCCACUAUCUUCACAUGAAGGAGCUUCUGCUGUGGUUAGGCCAAAGGUUCACUAUGCUAGGCCAUCACAUCCACCACCAGAUCCCCCAAUCCUGGAAGGAGCUGUGGGAGGAAAUGAGGCCAGGUUGCCAAACUUUGGUUCCCAUGUUUUAACUCCAGCCGAAAUGGAGGCAUUCAAGCAAAGGCAUUCUUACCCUGAGAGAUUAGUUCGAAGCAGGAGCUCUGAUAUAGUAUCUUCUGUCCGGCGACCCAUGAGUGAUCCCAGCUGGAACCGACGUCCUGGGAAUGAAGAGCGAGAACUCCCUCCGGCUGCAGCCAUUGGUGCUACUUCUUUAGUGGCUGCACCUCACUCAUCAUCUUCAUCCCCGAGUAAGGACUCCUCAAGAGGAGAGACUGAAGAACGCAAAGAUAGCGAUGAUGAGAAAUCAGACAGGAACAGACCUUGGUGGAGAAAACGUUUUGUUUCAGCCAUGCCUAAAGCUCCUAUACCAUUUAGAAAGAAAGAAAAACAAGAAAAAGACAAAGAUGAUCUGGGGCCUGACAGAUUCUCAACACUCACAGAUGAUCCCAGCCCUAGACUCAGUGCACAGGCUCAGGUUGCUGAGGACAUUCUGGACAAAUACAGGAAUGCCAUUAAACGGACCAGCCCCAGCGAGGGAGCAAUGGCAAACUAUGAAAGUGCAGAGGUCAUGGGUGAUGGUGAAAGUGCACAUGAUUCUCCGCGGGAUGAAACGCUGCAGAACAUCUCGGCUGAUGAUCUCCCCGACUCUGCAAGCCAAGCAGCCCACCCUCAGGACUCAGCUUUCUCUUACAGAGAUGCGAAAAAGAAACUGAGGCUUGCUCUUUGCUCUGCCGACUCUGUUGCCUUCCCAGUGCUAACCCAUUCAACAAGGAACGGUUUACCAGACCAUACAGACCCAGAAGACAAUGAAAUUGUAUGCUUCUUAAAAGUUCAAAUAGCUGAAGCAAUUAAUUUACAAGAUAAGAACUUAAUGGCUCAACUUCAAGAAACAAUGCGUUGUGUAUGCCGUUUUGAUAAUAGGACUUGUAGAAAACUCCUGGCAUCUAUUGCUGAGGACUACAGGAAAAGAGCCCCAUAUAUUGCUUACCUCACUCGCUGUCGACAAGGACUGCAGACCACACAGGCUCACCUGGAAAGGCUGUUACAAAGGGUUUUGCGGGACAAAGAGGUGGCCAAUCGAUACUUUACCACUGUCUGUGUGAGGUUACUGCUUGAGAGCAAAGAAAAGAAGAUCAGGGAAUUCAUUCAAGACUUUCAGAAGCUCACAGCCGCUGAUGAUAAAACUGCUCAGGUAGAAGAUUUUCUACAGUUUCUUUAUGGUGCGAUGGCCCAGGAUGUCAUAUGGCAAAACGCAAGUGAAGAGCAGCUUCAGGAUGCGCAGCUGGCCAUUGAGCGAAGCGUGAUGAACCGGAUUUUCAAGCUCGCUUUCUACCCUAAUCAGGAUGGCGACAUACUUCGUGACCAGGUUCUUCAUGAGCACAUCCAGAGAUUGUCUAAAGUAGUGACUGCAAAUCACAGAGCUCUUCAGAUACCAGAGGUUUAUCUUCGAGAAGCACCGUGGCCAUCAGCACAAUCAGAAAUCAGGACAAUAAGUGCUUACAAAACCCCCCGGGACAAAGUGCAGUGCAUCCUGAGAAUGUGCUCUACGAUUAUGAACCUCCUGAGCCUGGCCAACGAGGACUCAGUCCCCGGAGCAGAUGACUUUGUCCCUGUGUUGGUGUUUGUGUUGAUAAAGGCAAAUCCACCCUGCUUGCUGUCCACUGUUCAGUAUAUCAGUAGCUUUUAUGCCAGCUGUCUGUCUGGAGAGGAGUCCUAUUGGUGGAUGCAGUUCACAGCAGCAGUGGAAUUCAUUAAAACCAUUGAUGACCGAAAGUGACCAAGACCAAGGCCACCAAGGCAGCAGACUGUUAGUUGGGCAUAGAGAUCUCUAAAAAAAUGUACCAGCUGCUUUGAAGGCUGAAGAAGAUUGUUUUUGUAUAAUAUUGUACAGCAUUCAGACAUUUUAAAACAGAUCUUUACUAAACAGAUUAAUGAGCUAACAAGCAGGUUCUCUUUUCUUUGGGCUCUUUCCUUUCUGAGUUGCAUAUUUUAUUUUCUUGUCCCCAAGUAGAGAAUAGUACUGCAAAAAGGGACCACAUUUUUCAGGUAUUUUUAAAUAUUAAAAGAAAACAGAACAGAAUCUCUUAGAAAAUUCCUAGGCCUCCAUUCAUAGAUACCCAUUCUUUCUUUUUAUUUUAAAAAAGAACAGUACCCGUCUUUUAAGAUGCUGUCUUGUCUUAUAUGCAUCUAAUGGAAGGAAAAUAUCAGUUGCACUGAGGAUUAUAAUAGUGGUGUAUUAGAGGCAUUAUCUAUAAAUACACUCAACCAAAAUUGAAAAGCUAAGAAGGAAAUGUAAAUAUAAUAUAUAUUUAUAUUUGAUGUAAUAUGGACAUCUUCAGAUUCUAAUAAACAAGGACUAUUGCUGAUAAUAGGUUGUCACAUACCCUCUUGUGAAAUGGUUUCCUUGACAAAAUUUAAGCUGAGCUUAAAGGCAAAACACAAAAAAUACACAAAUAUUUAUUAAAGUGUAAUACAGUUUAUCGAACUGUCUAGGUGUGGAGUUUGAUGCGCAGGGCUGCCUUUGAUGAGGAGUAUAAAAAUCACUUAUGAGGCUGCAUAAAGGAGAUAACUCUUUAAUUAUCAUAUAUUACAUAAAAUGAACAGUAGAUACCUAAUACUUUAUUGUGGUACUUCUUAUCUGACAUAGUAAAUAUACUGUAGAAACCCCAGACAAAGCUCCUUACAAACCUUUAAUUGUAAUAUAUUUUUGAUGAUUAUUCACAUUGAAUGCACAGACCAGGAAUUCAGUGAAUGUCAUUUUUUUUAAAAACUAAUUUGUAUUGUCUGCUCUAGUGAUACAAGUUUUACUAGUGAUAAACUAUUUUAAUCAACCAUACUAUUCUUACGGAAAAAAAAUCUAUUUUGGCAGGUUUCUGUGCCUUUAUUUCCCUCUUCUGAAAAAAAAUUUGUGUUUUAGUAGUUUUGUUUGCAUUGUAUAUUGAUGAUUAAUCAGGAAUGGGUUUUGGUGCCUGAGAAACUGGCCAGGGAGGCACACCAAAGCAUCAAGCACAAGUCUCAUACAUAGGCCAUCACUGACUGAUUUCACUUUGUAUGUUUCCUAAACUUGCUGAGCUGCUUUUAUAACAAACUCAGUCCCACACUUUGAGUUCCUCGUUGCAGGAACAUUUCCUGGUGUUUGUUAAGGAAACCAUGGCAAACAACCUUGAGCAGAUGAAUACAGAGGCUAUCUGCUCCCUGUCUCCAAGAUCUGUCUCAGAAUGCCUAAAGAAACUGGAUUUUCUUUAUGUCUCCAACUCUUCUCAUUGACUUAUUUUAAAAUAAAACAACAGGUUGUGUAGGAGUGUGGGAUGUGGUUUCUGCCCUCAAGGGAGAGAUCAAAAUUAAACUAGUUCUAUGAAAUGUCCUUUCAAAUGUUAGGUCAAGAAAUCUGUGUACAGAGUCAUGUGCUUCAUGGGCUGUAACUGUCAAACUUGCCUAGAAUUAGAAGUCAAAUCCCAUCGUAAAUGCAUUAUAGGACAAGCUGUGUGACGUGAUUUCUGAGACCUAUGUAGGAGUCCAUUUACUUCAGCGUUUGACUCAAUAAACAUUAAGUCAACAGAAGACUCCGAAUAGUUGGAAUUCAUUGUUAUGGGAUUUAACCCAUAAAUCAAUGAGAGUUUUUUUUUUUUUCUUCACAAUAUUUGCUAAAUCUAUUCCAUGUUAUCACUAUAGAAAUAAAUACGAAGAUGUGGACAUU